UGUUUGUUGCGCCGGUCAUGCUUUAGCUGGAAUGUCAACCGUAAACAUGAUCAUGCAGUCCUGAAUGAGAUUGAAUUUAAACGUGGCUUCGAAUUGUCGUGCAAAAUUGUACCUUCAGUGGGACAUCUAGAAAAACAGUGUUCACUGAAUAAUGGCUCGGGUGGUGAAAGUGUUUCGGACCCUACGGAAUCACUGGAAAAAGUCCACGUUUGCUGUGUGUGUGCUGUCAUAUGGGGGACACUGGCUGUAUGGAAAGCAUUGUGACAAUGUUCUGAGACGAGAAGCAUGUAUAGAGGCCAGGGAAUUUGGUCGACAAUUAAUUGGACCUCAGGAGCAGCUGAAGAAAGCCACUGUCAUUCUGAACCCUGCUGCCUGUAAAGGAAAAGCCAAUAAUUUGUUUGAGAAGAAUGCUGCUCCCAUUUUACACUUGGCUGGUGUGGAGGUUAAAAUUGUAAAGACUGAUUAUGAAGGCCAGGCAAAAAAGCUCAUGGAAUUGAUGGAGCAAACAGAUAUGCUGAUUAUUGCUGGUGGUGAUGGGACACUGCAGGAAGUUAUAACUGGCCUACUGCGCAGAACUGAUGAGGAGAUGUUCAGUAAAAUACCAAUCGGUUUCAUUCCUCUUGGUUCCAAUAACUCUCUGAGUCAGAGCCUGCAUCUAGUUUCUGACAACAAAGUACAGCACAUUACCUCAGCAACCCUGUCAAUUCUGAAAGGAGAAAUGGUUCCACUGGAUGUUCUUCAGAUAAAAGGCGAGAAGGAACCUGUGUUUGCCCUCUUAGGCUUACGUUGGGGUGCAUUUAGAGACGUCGCCUCUUCUAUUAGCAAAUAUUGGUACCUUGGCCCCUUGAAAACAAGAGCAGCUCACUGGUUUAGUACCUUAAAGGAAUGGCCACAGAUUCACCAGGCCUCCCUCUCUUAUUUGGCUCCUGUACCUCGACCACCUGACCUGCCCAAUGAGAAGCCGACACGGCCAAACCUUCUCUACCGCAUCUACCGCAGACUUCAGAACUAUUGGAACCCUCCUAUUGAAGAGCCAAUGAAAGUGCCAGAGCCUGAGCAAUGGGAGAACAAAGACAUUUCCACCGUGGAACUCUCAGUUAGCACGCACAAUAAGAACCCUGUUAAGAGGCGUGUGGAUGAUUCAAUGCUGAUAACUCUGGCGCCAGACUCCCUCACAGUUGGGCAGUUUAUCACUGAGGGGACCAAGAAAGCAGUGGAUUCGAUGCAGUCCAUUGAAAAUUCUAUGCAGAUAGAAGCCAGUGCUGCUUGUCUCAAUCUGCCCAAGGAGGGUGCUGGCUUUUAUGACAUCGACAAUGAGGAAUAUGAGGCAAUGUCUGUGGAAGUGAGACUGUUGCCACGGAAACUGAGGUUCUUUUGCAGUGCACAGCGCAGAGAACAGCUUGCAGAGACUCACUGAGGACAGUGACAUGUUGUUGUUGGUUAUGUAAAAGUGGGAAUAGCCAGAGAACUGCUUAUCCUUUCAGACUUCUUUCUUCCUUAUACUGCAAGAGAGAAACUGAACGUACCAGUUACUCCACACAGUGGAAACAAAUUAAUUUGUAAAGGGUUACUUAAGCAUUUGCUAAGGUAUGUCAUCACAUUCUGAUGGAGAAACAGUUUGUGUUCUACAGACAUUUGUCUUUGUAAGGGUUCUUUAUGUAUUCAAGUAAGUGUGUGCAUGUUUAGUGGCAUCUGACAAAAGCAGUACAUAUAAAUGGUUUAUAAGAUAAUGGAGAAAUCUAAAAAAAAAAAAAAGGUUAAUGAGAGAAUGAUGCCUUGUGUUGUUUUAUAGAGACCAGAUAAGGAUCAAUAAAUGUCAAAAUCAUUA